GAACAGAGUAAAGUGGUAUGUGAGCAUCAUGGGGCACACACUGGUUAAUUCUCCCUGAGCGGGGAGUAGAGAAACACCACAGAGAAACUGAGGGCAUCUGAAGUGGGUUUCAAUGGAUAGGUAGGAGUUUUCCAGAGGGACCUCAAUGAUCCUUUCAGUAAGUCCAGCGCCAAAAUUCUAUUCCCCAGGCCACCUCAGCAUUUCCAAACUGCAUCCCACAAACUCUAGUAUCUUCAAGAUGUAAAUUCAGUGCCCUCAGGGGGAAAAAAAUGUUUCCAUGAUGGAAGAGGUUUGGGAAGCAAAGAGUUCAAAUUAAACAGUCUCCCUUGCUAUGGGACUCCUCAGACCCUUUACUGUACUCACUUCAUUGUGAACGUCUGGGGAGGGGAGAGAGACUAAGGAUUUCCCUUCCUCCCUCUCCUCAUCUUGAAGAGUUCCAUGGAAUCCAGUUGGAAAGGUUCUCCUGGAGAUUUCCAGGUGAGCGCGGACUCCGGCACUCCACGGAGGCCUGGGCUGGCUCCCAGCCCCUGCCUACCAUGCACAUGAUGCAGCUGACUAUCCAUCCAUCCAGACAGGCCUUUACAAGCCCAGUAUCUCCAGAGGGCUCUCGGCCUGCUUCCCUCCCCACCUACAGCCAGGCCGGAGGCCCCAUGCAUGCUAAACAGGCCUGCCCCUCAGUACAGUCCCAGGAUGGAGAGCUGCGGGGUAGCUGGAAAGCCGAGGAGGAAGGCAAAAGCAUCUUUCACCAGCCAGGCCUGUGUCUGGCAGCUGCUGUCCCUGGCCCCUCGCUGCACCUGGCCGUGGGGCAUUUCUGAUUCUACUGGGCAGCACAGGGCCUCUGGAGCGAAGGUCUCGUACCUGGAAGCCCCAUCUUGCCUCAAGGGAGAGCAGAGCUGGACAGGAAGGGGACUCCAGACCAGGGGAACACAGACUAAUGCCACAUUCUCUCCUUCUCUCUUCCUUACCUCCUUCCCUCCUCCUUCCCACCUCCCUCCUACCUCCCUCCUCCCUCCUUCUCUUCUUUCCCUCCAUCUAACCAUAUCCAUCUACCCAUCCAGUUCAAAGUGCUUCAAGCCCCUGUUCUGUACUAGUCACUGUGGGAUUCACCAGACGUCUAUUGCUGAUAAAGGAUUCCUUCCUGCUCCCAGGGAGGAAAGGAAAGAAUCCUUUCUUUCUCCUCCCUCUAUUCCUUUCUUUUGCCUUUCCCCCUUCCUUCUUUCCCUUCCCUUCUCCCUCCUUUCCUUCCUCUGCCUUUCUGGUCCCAUCUCCCUAGGGCAGGCACUGUGUGCUCAUGACAGACAGAAUUCCAGUUCUGACCAUCUAGAGGGGAGCUCAAUGCCCACCACCGUGGAUGCACCAAACCGAGGGGGAAAGGAUGGGGUUGGAUCACAUGCCACUUCUGUCAGUCAUGAGUCCUCUGCUCAGACACCUGCACCCACAUCCCCCUCCCUGACGUUGGGGGUCAUUCCUGCACCACCUGGAGAGACCACAUCACUGCUCCGGGAUUCACGUUGUCUGCAAAACGAGGAUAAUGCCACUUUGUGGAUGCUGUUCCUAUUCCACAGGAAAGUUGUGAUCACAGAAAAUAAAAGCACUUUGCAGAACCUGAAGUUUCUCCCACUGGCGGGGUGGGGGGGGAGGGGCUGUUGAUUCCCACCCAUCUGCAGGGCAGGCUUCUCCCCAGUCCGACACCUCCCUCACUCAAACUCUCUUCCCCACCCCCCAUCCUGCCACCCAUUUUCUCUUCCUGAUAUGGGCGUGGCAUUGGCGAGGCAGGACUGUGCCC